AUGGCUUGGAUAUUCUUCUCAACCACUAAUCCCCCUUCAGCCACUGGGCAGCAUGUCCAAAUCCACCGACUCGAGAAUGGAAAGUUACCUUGUGUUUGUGAAUACGUGCAGCAUCAGCGCUACGACCUCACACUCAUCCGGAAAAUGGCAAGGCAGUCUGUUCAUCCUCCCCGGUUUUCUGACGCUUACAACGAUAUUCCUAUCCCAGGUCUUCUCUCUCCGCCCCGGAUGGUUCAUAUGCCGACUGGCUUCGUACCACCAGAUACCUGUGAAGAUGUUGAAAUGCUUGAUGAACUCGAGCAGGAGCUCUCCUUUUCCAGUAGCAGUAUCGACCAAGAAGAUGUCGAAAUGGAAGAGCAACACUCGAUCUCAAUGCAAAUUGAUUUCACACCAUCCAUACAACCCCAACCUCCAGCAGAAAUCCUCUCUUUCAUUGACGUGCUAAAUACAAAUCCUGAGCCAGAGGAAGUAGAUGAGGCAGAAGAAGAAGAAGAAGAACAAAAGGACGCAUCAUUUUCACAGUCUGAUGGGGAAACUGAAAUACCAGAAGAGGAGUCACCUGAUGUUAGCGACAACGAGGACGACAACGACGAGGACCUUCGAGGAGUUCUAUUUGAAGAGCCUGUCGCCCUUGAACCUGACAAGGAUGCACGUACCUAUCUUGCUCGAUACAGUCUUGCUGUUGAACCAAUGUAUUGUUUGACAAUCUGCCUGUCGUGCGCGCUACCUGUCCCCUUCGAAACUGCUCUAUCUCACCUGCGAAAUCAUUAUCGUGGUCUGAAAUUGCCGCCAGAGUUGCGCCUCCCACCUGCUGAGGAGUUGCUGAGCAAGCUUCGCGAACUCCAUGCUGACUGCCCACUUCCACUUCCCGAUCGACCUAUUCACGCUCUUCCAGGGGUCAACCUUCUUUCGAAACCCAAAUGCAUGGAAUGCCUUACGAUAUUAGGGGGUCUGAACCAGUUAAACAAACAUUAUAGGGACAGACAUCCAUUUGUAGCCCACAAAGAUCGGAAGUCCACCUCCGUACUGUGCUUUCCGUUGACGCCAUCGAAAAAGACGCUUAGGUAUAUUGAAGUCCUUCGGAAGGUGGAACCGCACCCUAAUUUGGUGGACCAGUAUAUCCAGGUCUCGGUAGAAAAUGCCGACUUGUAUACUCACCCUGCUGUCUAUUCUCGCACCACCGGGGACCCACGUCACCAAAACGCUACACUCUAUCAUUCGGAAUGGGGAAAUUUGCUGGAGGGUGUCAACUGGGAGCACCUCACCCGAAACGCACUCAUUGAACGCCAGCCCACAGUAGACAGUCAUCUACUUAGACUGCAGCCGCUUUGUAAUCAAUAUUACAAGGAAAUCGGGACCAAGUCACUUCCGACCAUCCGGAUAAUCACUCGGCGCUAUCUGGUAUCGCCAGAGCCCAGCCACAUGGUUGAAAGUAAACCAUUCAAAAUGCCGCAGGACCCGACAACCGUUUCCAGAUACUCCAACACCCUGGCCCGUUUCAUUGCCUUCCUCAUUCACUCUAAAGACUACCCCAUCCCCCAUUUUCCUGUCCCUUGUCAUCCUGAGCUCACUGCGUCGCUUAAUAUAUUAUCCCAGAAGCUCAAGAACGACAACGACAGCGACGCUGAUCUUAUUAUCACUGUUCACCAGGUGGUCUGGUUCGUAUUGUGCAAGCCAAGCCCAGAAUUUAUAAGAAAUGAUACCAUGUGUCCCUUCACCCGUUUUCUCAUUGCCGUUUGCAUUCGCGAAGAGGGUAGAUUCAUGGAGCCACAUAGCAUACCCCCCAUCAUAUCAGCUAUCCAAUGGUGUCUUCGAGCAACUGCUGCCCUCCAGCUAAUCCAGGUCGUAGCUACAUUUGGUUAUGAUCAACAAACGGGUUACGAAAAGGAAAUUCGUCCAUUCUUAACCGACGGCCAAAAUACGAUAUUUACAACCCUGCGACAACAUCAAAAGUUCUUCACCACCCUUGCACUCUCUCAGCCUCGUCUCUCACGAUUCAAUUGGAAUAUCGAAAAAACUAUCCUCACAUUUGACGGAUUUCCCAUCCCAACUCACCUUUUUAUUGAAGGGAUCCACCAGACCAUUGUCUCUGUAGAAAAAAAGAUAGAGACACUGUUUAGGGGAUGUCUAUACGAUGAUGUCCUGUUACACAUUGACAACGCGUUAGAUCCAACACCUAGUAUACCCAAGUGGUUUCUGGAUCACCCCACGGAGUUGCGAUGUAGAUACUCGUUCUUUGAGGAACCUCGAAAUGGAUUUUCUGAGCUCCGGCCCCGGCUGCUCAACCACCUCAAGCAGCAAGCACAUUUUUUUCAUGCGGACGGACCUCCAAAACCUGGAGGAAUUCUCACUUGGUUCGCAGAACUUGACAGCAUUGUCUCUGACUUGUGGACUCUUUUACACUCCACUUGGGGCGGAAGCCCUCGAGCCACUGAAAUCGCUGGAGCGCUCUAUGCCAACCAUCCACGAAAUACCAGGAAUUUUUUCAUCCUAAAUGGGCUUCCUUCAUUCUUUACUGCCUACUCCAAGACCCAGCACAUUAAAGGACAUGGUAUUGGCAUCAUACGGACACCUGCAUAUCGGGUAUCACGCCUGCUCAUCCUUGUUCUUGCCCUCCCAUAUUGGGCAGCAGCUAACCUUGCAUGCUGCAUUGGCAUGGCAAAAUUGAACUGUCAGAGAUACCUAUAUGAGGUAUUCGUCCACACUGGGUCCUCUCUGCAAUCAGCCCGACUUUCGCUCAUCCUUGGUCGUUGGACAUUUGCCAAAAUUGGGUGCAUGCUCCAAAUUGCCGAUUUUCGCCAGUACAACAGCACCCUAUUGGUCCACGCGACCCAGACUACUCUAGAUGAACCAGAGGAUGUAGACCCUGAGAUUGUUGCAACCCAUGCACAAUUUGGACAUUCCGUUAAUGUUGCCCAUGAUCACUACGGAUUAGAAGGCAACCAGGCCCUUACCCGACUUGCUGCAGAUUCUAUAGCUCGCAUGCAAAAGGUUUCUCGAAACUGGCAUGCCUUUAUUGGACUCUUACACCCUCUCCUGGUCAAAUCAGUCAAUGAAGAACUCCAGGUAACGGAUUCUGUUUUUUUCCCUAACAAAGUUCUAAUCAUCACCCAACUCCAGCUAAUUUCAGUAUCCGGUCCACCAGUCACAAAGGCAGUCCUGACCUCUGAAUUGAAAAAGACGAGGGAAGCACUGCAGACAGCUGUAACCAUCAAGAUGGACCAUUUCAAUGAAAUUCUUUGCAAGAAGAUGGAGUAUGGGUAUACGGAGAUUCGUGAAAAUCUCAUUCACAUUCACCAGACCCCUAAUUUCUCCAACCCUCGUCGUACACCAGUCCAUCCCAGCACUCUUUUUGCCCUCAGACGAGCUCUAGGACGUAAUUUUGAUGGAUUUACCAGUCCCGAACAGGCUGAAUUGAUUCAGAGCGUCGGUAGCUCUCUCCAUGUUUUCGGAAUUAUAGAAACUGGCGGGGGAAAGAGUAUGGCUUUUUUUGCAGCCCCUCACCUUCUUCCUCAAUCAUUAUUCAUCGUCGUUAGUCCUCUGAAAGCGCUUACUGCUGACCUCGAGCGUCGUCUCCGUGAAACCGGUGUGUCUGGUGGUGUCUGGAAACCAGACGAGCCAAUGAAGUGGGAAUCUGUUCAACUGGUCCUUGCCUCUGUCGAUCAUUGCGCUGGACAACGGUUCCUCCGAUAUAUCCAGAAUGACCCUAUCAAAUCUCGACUCCGACGAGUUUUUUUUGACGAGGCUCAUAAAAUACACACAGAUACAAACUUCCGUCACUGCUUUGAACUUAUCCAUCACCUUGUCCGUACCGGGGUCCCUAUUACCUUCCUCUCAGGUUCUCUGAUGCCCCGCGCGAUCCCAUAUAUCUUGCGGAUCAUGCACAUCAGUGACCCCUCCUAUCUAUAUUACACCUCUAUUACCGGUCUAGUUCCUUUGCACCCAUACUGGCCUACGUAG